AGAACUACUUUUUUUCGUUUCGCUGAUUGGACGUCUGAACAAAUAUGUCACAGAAACAAGAGACAUCUGGGGAUAAAGCCGAGAGGAAACGUAAAGAGACUAUCUUAGAUCUUGGGAAAUACUUGGAUAAAAUCAUACGUGUAAAAUUUGCCGGAGGAAGAGAAGCCAGUGGAGUACUUAAAGGUUUCGAUCCAUUAUUGAACUUAGUGUUGGACGGAACAACUGAACAUUUACGAGAUCCAGACGAUCCUUAUAAAAUAACGAACGAUACACGCCAACUAGGACUGACUGUUUGUCGAGGGACAGCUGUUUUGUUAAUUUGUCCUGCCGAAGGAAUGGAAUCUAUAGCUAAUCCUUUCUUGGCACAAGAGGGGGAAGGUUAAGGCUUUUGUAACGGAAACGAUUCAUUUUUGAAUUUCAUAAGUCAGUUUGAAUACACAACAUUUAUCAUU